GGCAUAACCGUCACAUAUCCUCAAGCAAAUACCGGUGGUACGCCAAUCUAUCUAGCAUUUAAUAUCGGUGGUGUCGAGACGUUUCCAAACGACACCAUCAAGAGUGUUCAUGCAAUGCGAAUAUGGUAUUUCCUGCGAUUCGACACGCCAGUACUGGAUGCUAUGGCCAAAGAGUGGGAAGAGGCAGGUGCAAAGUACGUCAGGGAGAAAUACGGCAAUAACCCGUUGAUAAAAUGCCACAUCAAACACUCGAGGAUAGUGGAUCAAGGCCUCACGAACAACGCUAAUCGUCUCAAACCGUACUUUGCUGUCACAGUGAUCGUACUGAUCGCUUUCACAUCCCUGUAUUCGAUGAAGUGGAACAUCAAAACUGAUGAUGGUCUCAGUGGUAGGUCUUGUAUCUAUUUUUUGUUGGACUUUAUCGGCGGCGCUCCCUCCAUAUAG